AUGGCUGUCGUUCUUCAGUCCGACGACAACGGUUACUUUGCCGGCUCCGGUCUACGACGCUCACACUCACAAUCAAACUUCAUUUCAUCGACUUCACCAUUUUCCACCUCCUCACACUUGAGCGAUCAUUAUAACCCAGCAUCCAAAUCUUACGCCGAAUCUAACUCCUCAUCUGCUCCCUCAUCUCCCCGUACAGUCCACGCCGAUUCCGUUGACCUUUCGUACGCCUCAACCCCCGCCACUAAUCUCUCUAUUGCAUCUGAUUACGACGAUCCCAUUGGCCUUGCUGAAUCACCUGAAGACCACUUUAUGUUUCCUUCCUUUGCGCAGGAGAAGUUCUACGUUCACCAAGAUAUCCGCCCCGAAAUCCACCACGAUGACAACCUAGAGCCACCCCCCAGUCCUCGAACAGGCGACUCUUACACUGUCUCUCCUGCAGAACAUGAGAACCCCGAAGAGGUAUCUGAGGAUACGUCAAGACCCGAAACACCUGAACACGAAAAGUCCGAGCACGCAGAGGAUGACACUGCAGUCUCAAGCAGACCUUCGCGACAGGUCGACUAUCUGUCCCACGAAUGGAGAGAAGAGGAUAUCUGGUCAUCAUGGCGAUACGUCGUGACUCGACGUGGAGAAUUUCCCAACAGCGCUCGAUUGGAAAAUGCUUCCUGGAGGACAUGGAUGAAGGCCAAGAACAACCUCAAGACCAUCUCUCCCGAAUCCCUCAACUGGCUCAAGGACUGUGAUGUCACCUGGCUUUACGGCCCGCUCCAGUCAGGACCCAAGAACAUCCACCCUACCCACACAGAACCCUCCAGUGUGUCGCUAUCUAAGACCGACUCACUUGUUAACCUUAACAAGAAGCCCAUCUUGAAGAAGCGAAGCAUGUCUGAAGUUAUGCUCCAGCGAUCACUGUCCACGGCCUCAUUAUUGAAGCAAGCCACAGCCGCUGUCAAGGCCCAAGAGACACGAGGAAUUCUUCGACCCCACCUUGGCCGUUCCAACACGGAUUACUUCGCCUACCCUUUUGCAUCACGUCGACUGAGUGGAGACAGCAGUAGCGUCGCUCCUUCAGUUGAGUCAUCAGGUGUCAUUUCGCCCAGUGCUGAGCGAAAACACAUUCAUUUUAACGAGCAAGUCGAGCAGUGCAUAGCCGUUGAAAUAAAGGGCGAAGAGGAAGAAGAAGCAAUCGAUGACCACUAUGGCUCUGACAGUGAUUCAGACGAUGGAGUCAUGAUGAAGCAGGUCAAGACGAAGAAGAGGCCUAUUUCCCGACGUAAGACUUUGAAGUCAAAGCCUGCAGCUGAAGGAAAGACAAUUGCCAUGCUUCCAUCAACGACACUCAAAUACCGCGAGGACACUCCCGAACCACGAGAGACUGCCAUGAAGCACUCUAGGAGUCCGCUCAUGUCCCCUUCUUCGUCACAAGAGACCCUGCGACCUGCCAAGCAGUCUGGAAAAUUCUUUUUCGGGGAGGAGGACCAUGAUGACGGCCUCGACGAUGCGUUGUUGAGCCCCCGCUCAGGGUGGGCUUCACCACCUAGUGAAGGUAUCAAUGGCGGUCUAAACAGAUCCAUCUCUUCAGGCAGUCUCUGUGAGGAGCCUGCGGGUAUGCGACGCACGCCAUCCGGUAUGUUUAUGCCUUACGAGGAAGGCGACAUGCAAUCCGGAGAUGGGAUUUUUGGCCGCGUUAUCGACACGGUCAACACCGCCCGGGACAUCGCCCACGUUAUCUGGAACGUGGGAUGGAGGAAGUAA